GAAAAAUGAAAGUAGUCCAAAUUAUUAAAACUUUAUUCGAACACCAAACAAUUUUAAUUGUUUGAAAGCAAUGGAGGCAACCGGCCGUUGAAAAAGUUAAGCUUUUGGCCUGCCAAAACACAUAAACAAAUAUAUCUUCAUAGGGCUAAUAUUGUUGUAACUUGUAGAUGAAAGUGACUUAUUUGUUAGCUUCUAUUUGUCUUCUCUUCAUUCAGUUCUUUCUCUCCAGCCUAGUGUAAAGUUUUUGUUGGUUUUAUGUAGGAAAGUUCUAUUCCCUUUUAUUUGUAUCAAAGAAAAUUAGAGAUUCUUUAUGAGUUUUAUGUGUUUUGUUUGAUUUAUGGAAUCUUUUGAUAGAAAAAGGUGAUCUGAUAUACUAAUCUGAGAAACGAUGGCUAUGUCACUGGAGGACCUCCUCGCGAAGGAAGGAUUUAAUAAGAGGAUAUCAAAAACGAUGCCUAGAGCUUCAUCUGAUAUUCGAUGCCAUGACUUGAAAAGUAAGCACAGAAUGAGCUCUUACAAUAUAUCAUCGAACGUUAAGAGAAUAAGCAUUAGUUCUUUUGAUGAGUUUUUAUCUGCUGAGGGUUGUCAAAACAAUCAGAUAAUUGAGGUUGAAGAGAGAAAUGAUUCGAGAUACAACCGUAUAUACUCAAAUCGAACUUACAGAAGUGAGAGUGGCGAAGGUAGGUCUUCUACCAGCAGUGCUGAGGAAAACACAGAAAAAUGUCUUGGUUAUCAGAAACAUAUGGAACGACGCGAGACCUCAAACAGCAGAUCAACUAGAAGUUCAGUAACCAGCAAAAGUACCGAUGCAACUACGAGCCUAAGGAAAGGUGAGAUUGAGCACACCACAGCUAUUCCUGCUCUUGAUGAACUUGCUAUUCAGGCUGUAAUCUCUAUCUUGAGCGGGCAUAUAAAACGUUUUCUCGUAGAUGAGGAUUUUAGGACAUCACUUCGUCACAAUAGCUUUGCGUCGUUAAAUUUUAUUGGAUUUGAAGAAGGACUGAAUACUGAAAGCAAGAUCAUAGCCACCCUAGAACAAGCUAUAGAAACAGCAGAAAGAGCUGCAGAGGAUUUUGCAAGUGAGAAAGAGCUUAAGAAAGCCUCAUUGCAGCUUAGUGUAAUCACAGGGUUGAAUUCAGAUGGUAAAUUUACGUCUGGAAUUCCCAAUUCUAAAUUGGCAGCUUGUGCACAUUUGUAUCUCAGUGUCAUAUAUAAGAUACAGAACAAGGAUCGUAUCGCUGCAAAACAUCUCCUUCAAGUUUUCUGCGAUUCGCCCUUUCAAGCAAGGACUAGUUUGUUGCCUGAUUUGUGGGAUCGCGUGUUUCUUCCUCACCUUUCACAUUUGAAGGUGUGGCAUGAUUCAGAAGCUAAUUUUCUUCGUGAUCUACGUAACAAGUCGAGGAAACUGAAACUUCUUGACAAAUUGUACACUGAAAAUCUAGACAAAGGUACUUAUCUGUUUGCAGUUUACUACAAGGAUUGGCUAACCGAAGGGGCUGAGAUUCCGUUACUUCCUUCUAUUCAAAUUCCUUCUAUAUCGGUUUCGCGCCAAGGUUCCUUUAGCAACUUAAGUAGUAGUGUUGGCGGUUUUUCACCUCAGCCUGUUGUCAGCAAAAAGUUGUAUGAUGAAGUAUUCCGUCGAUCACAUAUACUAGGAGGGGAACCAGAAGAAAGUUAUGAAAUCAGUGUGAGGAAGCCUGCUACGUUGACGUACUCAGCUGAAGUGAUUAAGUGAAAUAUAUCGAGAUGUUGAGCCUGGUGCGACAGUUGAUUCAAAUGUAGGGUCUCAUUGAUGAGGAUUUUGCUGGUCCACUAGAAAGCCUUGCUGAAUAUACAUGGACAGGAAAAGAGCUUUAUGCCAUUAUUUACCGCGCUGUGAAGGAACGGUAAAGUUGUUUCUGCUUAAUUUAUAGGUCACAGGUUGAAAUCGUAGAAUCAAAGACUAAAGAUUGUCUUAAAGUAGCCUUUCUACAUUAUACAUCCUUGCAAUGUAACCCUACAUCAGUGCAAGAUAUAUUAUGUACCAGACUGCUCUGUAAAUCAUGUGAAUAAAUAAUAUAUCCGUUUUAAA